UUUCAAUACGUACAUUCUGUACACACAUUUACGUACGUAGCUAGCGCGGGUAAUUUUGCUCGAAGACUUGUGUUGUUCGUCUUAUUUCCCUAUUGCUACUUAGUCUUAGUUGAAUUUUUCAUCAUGGUCAGGACAAAGGCAGACAACUCAUGCAGGAAAGCUGUUGCGGCCAAGGCACCAAGGAAAGCUCUGGCACCCACACGGGCAGGGACUGUAAUGUCUCCCUCAUCAGGAGGAAAGAAGGAUAAGUACGGAGGCGGGAAUCCAGUUAACCCACAACCGACUCCAGAAUGGCAGAAGUCUAUCAAUACAUUCUUCACAAUGACACCGUCGUCGUCCUCCUCGUCGUCGUCAGGAAAGGAGAACACAGACCCCGAAGAUGCUCCAUGCAGUAGCAAAGAUGUAGACAGGACGGAAGAGGAAGCUGGAGGAAGUUCAUCUUCUCAAGAACAAACCCCAGAGAAGAUGGAACAGGAGGAGGAAGAGGAUGAAGAGAGCGAAGAAGAGGAGGAGGAGAAACCAGCACCAUCAAGGAGUUUCAAGAAGAACAGAUGCAUUAGCGACAGCGAGGAUGACGACGAGUAGAGAUCCGCUUGGACGGACAAAAUGACUAUACUCGAGUCCGAAGACUUUAUAAAGUGCCUUAUAUUAUGGAGAGAUGCUCAGUCCGACUUAUUGAGACAAUCUAUUGUCACUCUGCAUGGCUUCUACAGGCAAGCGGACAAUCUCUGUUCCAAAGACCUGAUACACUAUACCUCAGCAAUCCAGUCCAUUCACAACAGUCGAUCUGGUUUAGGAGAACAUUGAAAGUCACUUUGCAAGGCAUUUGCGGCAAGCGGACAAUCACUGUUUUAGGGACCUGAUGCAUACCGUAGAGAUGGUCAAACAAUCCAUCUUCCAAGCCGAAUGAACAAGACAAUCUAAGUUCAUGCUGCAAGCCUCCAAGUGCCUCUGACCUUGAUACAUACCUCAGUGAAUAUAAAUUCAUAAUUUCUUCAUCUGGCUUGCCAGCUAGGAUAUCUAGCGAUGGUCAAGGAUAUGUGUUAAAAGAAAAGAUUUGCCAGAUGGGCAUGGGCGUUCAUAUAUGUCAUUGUUGAUUGCAGGAUUGAUAUACAAAUAGGAAUGUAACUUUACUGACAAAGAUAUGUUUUGUUUCUUUUUCUUAGGAAUUCGGAAACAUGUACCCAUUCUAGAUGAAUUUUCUUUUUUCCCCCUAUUCUAAUCAGAAUUCUGGAUUUAUGAGAAAGUUGCAAAAUUUGCAGGGUCAUGUCAUCCACGAUAUCUUCAUAAUUGGAAAAAUAAGAAGUUUGAUUUUACUGGUCUUGUUGGGUUUUAUUUCUUGCACUAUUUUAAGGCUCAGCUGUGGUAGCCACUUCAAGUUUUAAUUGUCAGACGUCAUCUUGAGUUGUGCACAAUGUUAGCAUGCAUUUGGGGUGACAUGUUACUUUGUGCACUAUUUUUCUACUAAAAAAUAUACGUUUCACACUAUACAUGUACUUAUGUAAGGAAUAUCUUUGAACAAUUCUUGGAUAGGCGGGUUUACAGAUUAAGUGAAUAUAGAUGUUGAUUUGAAUAUUUAUUGAGAUUGAGUUGGCAAUCCACAUUAAAUGAAAAAGUUACCUAUUCAGAACUAUUCUUAGUAUCCAAUAGAAAAAGUGACCAAUCUUUAUGAGGGGGAGGGGUUAUUGAAAGCUAGAUAUGAUUGAUAUGGUAUCAGUGAAGGAUUAUGUUGAAUAUUUUUUUACCAUAUCAUUGAAAAGUUUCUUUAGAGUAAAAUCAUAAUAUUGAAUAUUUAUCAACACCGGAUCCCCCAUUAAAAAAAGACUUUUUGCAUAAUAGGAAACAAGAAAUCAACAAUAACUAAUAUAUAUAUAUUUAUUAGUACAAUAAAUGAAGAAAAAAAUGUCCCCAAUCUCUUAGCCCCUUUGUAAUUGCAUAUUUUUGUAUUACUAAGAAUUUUAGAUGUCCAGUAAUAUAUGUUUGAAUGUAAGAAAAGUGUGAGUUCAUAGAAACCUCUUGACUUCUACUCAUUUUUCUUCAGUUAUCUUAACAGUAAGGCUAUAACAUUUUCAUAAUAUACUUUCAGGUAUGUAUUUGUCUAGAUUUUGGUAUAAGGAGUGUAGAAUACCAAGAUUCUAAACUAGGCUAGGAAUUAGUGUUAGACUAGAUAAUUAAUCAUUUUAUAUUUGAAUUUAUUGUCAUGUAAAUAGUUUGUGCUCAUGUUUUCAAUUUAGAGCGGUUUUGCAAGGAAAUGUCUGUGUAAAUGUGUCAAAUACAAUGAGAGUCAACUGAAAAUUUCA